GUCUCCUGACGUCCGCAUCUAAACGUUACCGGGACUCGGUCUCCUCCGCUUCCUGCCGCAGCUGCUGCUUUCUGCUCCAUCGCUCGGGUCCGUCGGUACCGUCUCUGAUGCCAGAUGAUGCGCUGAGGGUGGCUUUCAGGAACGACCACCCGCUAUGCAGAGCUGCUGCCCGGUGCCUGACCUGUAGCUGCGUGUUCGGCCGGACGGACUGAAGAGAAACGAGCUGAGAGAGCGGACGGACAGGAGGCCACGGUUCCCCCCCUCACACACACACACAUCACCACGGCCUUCAUGGUGAUGUAUGCAAGGAAACCAACAAGAGUCAGCGAUGGGUGCAACGACAGAAGGGAUUCACAAUCCUAUCAGACCCAUAAAUCUCAGCCAAAGAGCCAAUCCAGCAGCCUUCACCGUUAUGACAAGGUGCGCGAUGGAUCGUCGGAUCCCACACCGCCUUACAAGAUGCUGCGACGCUCAGACGAAAGUCCUGUCAGCAGACAUGGAGAAAACACUGGACAUGGCAAGGCAAAAGCCGCUCAUGCUCUUAGAGGAAAAAAUGGGACCAGCGGCUCUCCUCAGGAGAACUCUCACAACAACAGCUCCCACCAUGGCGCCGACUCUCACGCGACUCAGAGCAAGCCUGCAGACAGGGACCCAGCAGAUGACUGGACAGAACACAUUAGCUCCUCUGGAAAAAAGUACUACUACAACUGUAGAACUGAGGUCUCCCAGUGGGAGAAGCCCAAGGACCUGUUGGAGAGGGAACAACGACAGAAAGAUUCAGUCAAGAUGGCGGCAAACAGUUUCCCCAGGGACAUGGACUACAGACAAGAGGCCUUGCAGGACAAAGCCACAACAAAGACCACAUCAGGGGACCAGUCCUCAGCAUCCAACUGCGGCCAUUCCUCCUCCUCGUCUUCUUCUCAGAGCCUGAACUCUGCUGCUGGCGCUUUAGGUUCCUCUUCCUCCACCAUGUCGUCCUCCUCGUCCUCCUCUGCGGGGCAGGUGCCUUCGUCUCUCCAGUCGCCGUCGCCAGCGCUGCUCCAGGACCCGGCUCUCCUGCAUCAGCUGCUGCCAGCGCUACAGGCAAACCUGCAGAUGAACAAUGGCAGUAUGGACAUGGCGAAGCUCAAUGAGGUCUUGGCAGCUGCUGUCACCCAAGCUUCCUUGCGGUCUGUGCUUCAUAAGCUCCUCACUGCUGGACCUGCUUUCAACGUCACUGCCCUGCUCUCAGCUGCUCAGCACUCCAACCAAGCCCAGCACUCCAGUCAGUCUCCGGUCUCUCUGACGUCGGACGCAUCAUCACCGCGGCCGUACGUCUCGCCUCGAAAUGGCACCCCACAGACCAACCAGAAAUCCCUCCUGGGCAUUCACCCGGGCAACAUCGUGUCGAUAUACAGGGGCAGUAUAGGUCCAGGGAAGCCAGGAUCAGCCUCCAUGUCGCAGACGACAGAAAAGCGUCCAGAAGACCCGAGAACUCUGCAGCAAAGGAGCAGCCAGGAGAUUCUGUGCACUGGAUCAAACCUACCUGGUGCUGCGAUGGCCCACGCCCCCUCCAGCAGCAGCAGCCAAACCCAGUCUGACCCUCCGGGCUCCUUCACUCCUUCCCUGGCAGCUCACUUUGAUGAAAACCUCAUCAGACAUAUCCAAGGAUGGCCUUCAGAAAACACUGAGAAACAGGCGGCUCGGUUGCGUGAGGACCUCCACAACAUGGGAAGCUUGUACAUGUCUGAAAUCUGCACGGAGAUGAAAAACCUUCGCUCCCUGGUCAGAGUGUGUGAAAUCCAGGCCACACUCAGGGAACAGAGAAUCCUGUUUCUGAGGCAGCAGAGCAAAGAGCUGGACAAGCUGAAGAACCAGAACUCCUACAUGGUGUGAGGACCUGACAAGAAAAGGACAAUGAGAGAGAAACACGGAACAGCGAGCUGUUAAAGCCUGUUUAUUCUCCCUACGAGAACAACUGACAAGGUGAAGCUCCAUCAUCCUCAGCAUUUUCUUUUUUGUUUUCUUUUUAAUCUUGUUUUCCAGCGUCCGCCACACGAAUUGCUCUCGCAGUUCUAAAGGUCAAACUGAUGGCUCACCAGAGUCGGACACUUUUUGAUUAAGUGGACACAGAGGACCUGAAGCUGUUUUCAGACGGCACCUUCUUGGACAGUGAACCUUGGAUUGUGUGUAUUGUAUCGGGUUAACUUGUUUUCUGGUGUGUUUUGAUGUGUAGUGGUCAGGAAGAGAUUCAAAGUGAACUAAACCAUCUCAUGCCUGGUCUGAACAGGACUUUGUAAUUCAUUGAAACGAACGGAUUCAAUGGCAGUGAUGUUACUGUUGUUUUUUUUUUUACUCACUCUACUUUGUCCGUGGUUUUCGCCAUCCCAUUGUGUCUUCAGGCCGGUCGCUUUUACACGUCAUGAGAUUAGCGAAGACCUUUGACCAGACCUUUCUGAAAAUACUUAACGUGCUUCAGUGAUUCUUUCCCAGUCGAUGGGAAUCUGCGUUAUGGUUCCGCUGAUACACUUUCACUGGGAAGUUAUGGCUACUUCUGUCAAAUGCACUCCAGAUGUUUCCAAGCCAUUUUAAAAGAAACGCCUACAUUAUUGGACCUAGGUUGGCUGCUAGUAAAUCUGAGGUUGUAUCCAUUUGUAGCCCUGCUGGCAGUUUUGUUAUUCCCUCUGCUGUUAAUUUUUUAUUUUUUUUUUUGUAUAAUUGUCAAUGUUUUGUUUCUGUCCCAAGUCCAAUUGGGAAAAUAUUUCAUUCCUUUUUGUGCAGCUUAGCAAGAGACUGUAAAAGAAUAGAAAGUGGCAGAAGUGAUGGUCACGUAAAGCUAAAUUAUUGUUGCACAUGAUUCAUUACGUCCUUGUAGUUAUGAUGGGGAAAAAAAUCGACGGAAAAAAAAAGUUAUUUUUUCUACAAGGAAACUCAUGUUUUGUUUGCGUUCAGCCGUCGUGGCUGCAGCCCUUUUAUCGACAGACUCUCGCCAGGUUUGGCAACUUUUUUAAAGGGUUCAUUCACGAUAAGAGGGAAUACUUUUUAUAUGAACAUCGCAUUAAACUGCAGUCGUACACUCAAACACUUA